AUGAAACUUAGCAAUUCUUCUUUUCUCAAUAUUGAUGAGUACCUUUCUAGCGAAUGGGUGAUGGAACAGCGGUCCAAGUUACGGAACGGGACACUCUACUUCAGUGAAGUCAUAGAGUCGUUACAACCAAGUCAUCCGCUGUACUUGGUUUACAAUAAGACACAAAUUCGCUACGAUUUUGGAACCACCUAUUUCAAUUUCUGCGAGCUCAGGAAGCAACCUCCAAGAACUCUCCCUUCACUGCUACGUGUCCUGGAGAUCAAAAUUGAACCCCAAGCAUGCCUCCGAAUGAUCAUUCUCGCAGGAUUCAACAUUAAGAUGGUUCUUUACAUGAUAAGAUCGAAAGCUAGCUACGCGCUAUCGGGAGGAUCCAAGCUGCUUUCGUACAUUCCUUACGUGUCUCCGAUAAUAGAGUUGGCAGCAUCAACCACGCUAAUGCUUGUCUUAUGCUUGCAGCAAGACCAGGACAAAACUAUGGGGUUGCUGAUACGUUACAGCCUACACAUAUUUUCUGUGCUGUUUUUCACCCAAGGAUUCAUAUAUUCUUUCACAGAGGCUUUCAAGCCUCAGGCAAAGGCUGCAAACGCAUUGUUCUGCUUCCGACUGAUCGUUCUAGUUAUAUUUGCCAUUUGUGCACGUUCUGUCUGCUCUACACAUGAUGCCUACCUCCAUUUCAAGACUUGUCAUACUCACGUGUCGAUCUCAGAAGCACUUCAGGAGUAUCUAUGCAUCUCUACGAUCCUGCUCUUUCCGCUGUCACAGAUACGUGAUUUCAAAUGUCUAACAAUGAGUCUGGCUGUGCUGCCGUCUGAUACAGUACCUCGACUGGAUCUACCUGAAUAUUUCCCGGUUUAUAUGUCGUCGGAGUUUGAUAAGGCCGAUUUUGCUAAAUUGCGGUUUCCUUCGAAGAUAGUUUCUUGUUGUUGA